AUGCACAACAUGGAUGAUCAGCACUUAGCCGAUGCAGACGAAGGAUCGAGGGAGACUCCCAACGAGGAGAACACUUCAGAAAAGAAGAAGCCCCCCCCAAAGGGGAAAAAAAAUAAAGGAGUCGAGCGACAAGGCACUCCAACGCGUUCGCCGCAGCGGCGUGAAAACGGAGAUGCACACAAUCCGGAGGGAGGCAACAGCGUCAGUGGUGGCGGUGCAGUCGCCUCAAACGAUGGAGAAAGGCCUGGUGAGGACAAUGCUUGCGAAGAAGCACCCGGUGAAGUAACAGGUGAAGAAAAACCGUUGGAGGAUAAGACGUUGGAGGAGAAGACCAUGGAGGAAAAGACCAUGGAGGAAAAGACCAUGGAGGAAAACCCACCGCAGGGCGAGCAAAACGAAGGGAACCUCGCGCAGAGGUCCGCCAAGUCAGACAGCACGAACACGGCCAGCAGCAACCUGAUAAAGAUAAGCCAGAAGAGUGAGGAGUGGGAGCAACCAAAGAAAUGGAGCUUCGCCCUUCUCCUCACAAAUAUAAAGUCCAUGGUUCUGUCAAAUUACAUUUACGUAGCCAAAAAAUGCGGCAUCCCUAACCAGCCCAAUAAACCAGGACCAGUGCUUGCCAUCAGUGUGGAAAAAGAAAACACAAAUGAAGUUAAAAAUAUUAUUGUGCAAACCCCAUGUGCAUACGAAAAGUACACACUCAAAGGAAAAUUAAUUCAACACAAAUCACUCUACCCUUGUACAGUCACUUGUAUGAUGUAUGGUAGUAUCGGGGGAAUCGGAAAGACCGUCAUUUUAGGGUUGCAAAAUGGCUGCAUACUAGUUUACAAAAGUAUUGAGUUUGAAUGCAUACUCAAAUUAAAUACAAAGGAAUGUUUGGAGAAAUAUUUUAAAAGUUCUUCUGGUUCCUCUGCUAGGAAGCCUUUUAAUAAUUCACGCAUGAACAGUGGCGUCAUGGAUGCACUUAAUGGGACCAAUGAGGAGAGAAACUCAGGUAAAUUCGCAACACAGGGUGUCAGUUCGAACGAGGGAGAGGACUAUAACGAUCUGUCGUAUCAAAUUUCUGGCCUCUCCGUCAAGUCCACUUUUGCUAACUUUAUCCACUGGAUCAUCGCCGGCAACAUGCAAGGAUACAUCUUCGUGUGGGAGGUGCCCAGUGGGAACCUCAUCAAAAUCCUCGUCCACCCCCACCACCUGUUCGGCCACGUCAAGGGCGGUUCGGGCGACAGCGAUGGAAGUGGCGAUGAGAGCAGCGGUGAUGAUAGCAAUGAUGAUGGUAGCAGUGAUGGUGAUAGCGAUAAUGGCCUAGGAAAGACAAAAAAGAAAAAGAAAAAAAACAUUCCAAACGGCAGCAAUGCUGGAGCGGAUCAGGAGGAGGAGGAGGAGGAGGAGGAAGAAGAAGAAGAAGAAGAAGAAGUCGAGGACGACUCCUGCAGCAAGCCCGACUACGAAGAAAACUCCAGCGAGUUCUCCGGCGGCAGCUACUUGAGCGACUCAGAUGAGUAUUGCAACUCCAGCGAUCAAGACAACGGCAGCAGAACAGGGCGUACCGGCUCCUCCAUACAAAUGUUACGCGCCAGGGGAAGGAAAAAAAAAAAAAAAAAAAAAAAAAAAAAAAAAGACAAUGUGCCAAACAAAUGCUAUGUGUCAGCCAUAUUAGCAGUCACGCAUAAGUACGAAUUGUGGGUCGCAUUCGGAAGUGGUUAUAUAGCAGUAUAUGACUUAUAUGACUUCCAGUUGCUUCUCUACACGUGCAUUUCCAAGAGCCCCAUCAUGGACUUAAAAUACUCCAAACUCUUGGAAGACGUCUUUUUACUAAUAGGUAAUAAUUACAUUUCUGUAUGGGAUACAAAAACGCUCAAGCAAAUUAAAAAACUUCCAACUAGCCAAGUUACAAAAACAUCCUCCCUGUCCACUUUAUAUCUUUUGGAACGUCCAACUGUGUGGAAAAACAAAAAGGUUGUUUUGAUUGCAGGUUGUAAUGAUGGAUCCAUCUCCGUGACAAAUGUUAUAAAAAAGAUGGAUGGUGAUUUGACCUUUUCUUAUGUACGGACAUAUGAGAAGCACUUCGAGCCUUAUGCCCCCAUCAGCUACAUUUGCAUCCACCCCAGUAUCAACGCGGCCUUCGUCGGGGACGCCAGUGGCGUCGUCUUUACGUUACCCAAAAUUCUAAACACGCUCAAGCACGACGAUGCGCAAAGGUGA